UCUUAAUUAUCAAGCUUACGUCAGUUGCGUGGCAACACUGAUAAUUAACUCAGUGUUGCUAGCACCAGUUUUACUGUUUAUAAAAGAGGAAGAACAGUGGAUCACCAUGUUGGAAGCAGAGGCACCGCAAAGUUCGAGUACCGGAGAGUCGCUAUUGACUGAGAAUGCCAGACUGGAGAACAAGGUGGCACAGCUCAGCAGGGAGAAGGAGGAGCUGCUGCGCAAGGUGGCCCACUACGAGGAGUACACCAAGCGCCUGUGCACAAUGCUGAGGAAGCUGAAGGGCUCGAUAGACGGCCUCGCAGGCCAGAGUGCGUUGAUCGGUGAAGCCCUGUCGUACAGCUGCGAGGCCGAGAACAGUGAGCAGAAUGAAGAAAAUGUCGUCCCCGAACAGCCGCAGAUCCAGGCAAAGAAACAAAUGCAGACAGCUUCUGUUCUGCCCAUGGUUCGUGGGUUUCCCAUAAGGCGCAUAAUUGUGCCACUGCAGAGGUUAAAUAUCAAUUCCCACAGGCACCGGCCAAACAGAAUUCAUGGGCACAGGAGAGAGCCGUGGUGGCGCGAGACAGAGCCGGAGACACCGGAGCCGCUGCAGGAGACGCACCCCCACCGGCCAGGCCACGGCCAGCGGGUGCCGGUGCGGCGGCUGCAGAGGGUGGAGCGGCGCCCACACCGUGCUGUCGUCCGGCCACGGUCCCGGCCCGGUGCGCGCAGGCGGCAGGAGGCUGCCGUCGUGGAGCGGGCCGGCGCGCAGAACCGGAGGGGCGGUUCAUCUCACCAGAUGCUGCAGGCAGUUGUUUUGCUGCAGCGGCUGUCCUUAACACAGCACCAGCAGCAGCAACAGCAGAGAAGGGAGCAGGAAUCUCAGCCCUCACAAGCAGAUGGCGUACGCACGCCAGUUGUAAUGCUGAGAGACAUCUCGACAACUGUGCAGGUUGGGGAUAGGGUGACUCCGAAACUGGAGGAACCUGCAGCAGCAACCAGUGUAAAGAUGAGGCCCACAGAGGGGAGUACCGCUGACCCGUCAGUCCGAGAGGAGGGCGACGGAGCGGGUCUGGACGUUGCCCGAGCAGGGCCGUCGGGCUGGGCAGGUGUCGUGCUGCCUGCCCCUGCAGAAGCUGACACGGUAGCUGUGGCCGGUGAGGUCGCCGGUGGCUCGCAGUCGGAAGAUAUCGGUGCAGCUCCAUCAGAUGGGCCAGAGGCUGAAGUGGGACCCUGCCAGGAACUGCCCCCUGUUCUCACACCUGCUGAACAAGGAGAAUUCACAGUGAGUGCGGAAGAAGCAGUGGGUGAGAAAGCCGCCGAGCCACCACCGCCUCCCCUCUCUCCGUCUCCACUGUGUGGCGGUGGACACCCAGCUGGGUCUGCGGCCGAUGAAGGGGCGGCUCCUGAGGACGGAGGUGGAGCUCUGCUGCCUCCCAAGACAAUUCUGUCAGAGAUGGAAGCAAUGCCAAGCAGUGAAACUGAAACAGGUGUUGACGCAAGUGCAUCUGACACUUUAGUUGCCCAGCCAGAGCCUGCUCAUCUGCAUAAUGGUGAUACAACCACAUCGGGACAGAAUGAGGUGUCGCCACCAGAAUUGUCGGGAGCCUGUUCACGUACCUCUUCUGACACUCUCUCUUCUGAAGGCAGUGGAGCACUCUCUCCGAGGCCCCUGGCCCCGCAGAAUAAGGAAGAGCCAUCAGAUCCAGUUUCUACACCAUCCAGCAGCCGCAAAAGGAAGGCGUCUGCCUCUGUGGACAGCCCUGAAAAGUGUAAUGGGUCACCUCGGUCUGAUGUGGAAAGAGAACAGUCACCGCAUUCUGAAACUGAACAGGGUUCCCGCCCCAGGAGAAGAUGUGCAAUCAGGACAAACUAUGCUCUUUUUUUUGCAGGAUGGAAUGCUGAUUAAAACAACAAAGGAAGAACACAGUUUUAGCAAGAAACUAUAUUACUGUCUGAUACAUAUAACUGGAACUGUACAGUAUUAAAUAUAUGAGCAAAUGCUUAAUGUACUUAUUAUAAUUUUUGAUCUGGUGGAGAAUGCGUGUGCACCAAUGAAAUUCAGAUUAUUAAAAAUGUUUAGUAUGGUGCAAAACAUGUACUGCUUUUCAUGAAAUUGUUGAUUUGCUUGGGCAGCUUAGAACGUGCUUUAAUAUAAAUGAAAAGUUACAUAGUGCCAUAUAAGAUAACAAAUGGCAAAGACACAUUAUAUAGCUUUUUUUUGUGUAGGGUAUGCAAACCCAGAGUCAUCGUGACCCUCAAGUAAGGGAGAAAGAAACCUUUCUGAAAACUCCUGCUUAACAGGCAGUAAUAGUAUCACGUAUGUUGGUUACUUCUCUUUAUUUUUAUGUCAUCGAUUAAUAUUAAAUAUUAUGUGGCAUCAGAAAUGAAAUUAAUGUGCAUUGUUACUUCAUUACCAGAAACUGAAAAUAUUUAUAUAAUUAUGAGAAUAUUUUGAGCUCUUUUGUUUUUUUUAUACUCUUAAAAAGUUGAGAAUUGUGAAGCACUUUUGUAAUUACUGUUACAAACAAGUAGAGUAAAGAAAGCUUUUAUUUGCAC